AUGUCUGAUCCCAAGAAAAAAUGCUCUGGGGCUGAUUGCGAAAAUGAAGCUGGAGCCUUGCAAUGCCCAACAUGUCUGAAGCUGGGCAUCAAAGACAGUUACUUCUGCACGCAAGACUGCUUCAAGAGGAAUUGGGUAGGCGAUAUCCAUAGCGACAACUUUUCUAGCAGGAAUCCUCAUAUUGACAUUAUUCAGAUCACACACAAGGCGAUUCACAAGACACAAAAUGCAAGCGGACUUUACAACCCAUUUCCGAUAUACCCAUAUACUGGAUCUGUUAGACCAGUAUACCCUCUCUCCCCGAGACGACCUGUCCCCAAAUCAAUCAAGCAUCCUGACUGGGCCAAGACUGGAAUUCCAAAAGGUGAGAUGCGGUUGAGCAGAUCAAAGUGGGAUGUGUUAGAUGCAAAGGGUCAGGAGGCUAUGCGCAAGGUGUGCAGACUAGCUCGAGAGGUACUCGACAUCACUGCCGCGGCGAUGAAGCCCGGUGUGACCACAGAUUAUCUGGAUGAAAUCUGCCACAACGCUUGCGUAGAGAGAGAGUCAUAUCCUUCUCCACUCAACUAUAAUCACUUUCCCAAGUCAUUGUGCACCUCUCCGAAUGAGGUUGUAUGUCACGGCAUCCCCGAUCAGCGAAUUCUUCUUGAUGGAGACAUCCUGAACCUUGACAUAUCUAUAUACCACGGUGGAUAUCAUGCAGACGUGAACGAAACAUACUACAUUGGUGAUAAAGCCAAAGCGGAUACGGACUCGAUCAGACUCAUUGAAACGACGCGGGAAGCCUUAGACAUGGCCAUUGAGGUUGUCAAACCAGGAGUACCGAUUAGAGAGUUUGGCAAGAUUAUUGAGAAGCAUGCAGCCUUGAGGGGCCUUGUUGUUAUCAAAACUUGGGGCGGUCAUGGUAUCAACUCAGAGUUCCACCCACCUCCUUGGAUUCCUCACUACGCGAAGAACAAAGCUGUGGGAACAUGUAAAGCCGGGAUGACAUUCACUAUUGAACCUAUUCUGGCUUUGGGUGGCAGCAAAGAAGUGUACUGGCCAGAUGAUUGGACUAACGUUACAGUUGACGGUAAACGAACAGCACAAUUUGAACACACCUUGCUUGUUACAGAAACAGGCGUUGAGGUUUUAACAGGGAGACUGGCCAAUUCCCCUGGAGGGCCAAUUCCCAUACCAGAAACUGCGAACGCAGGUGGGGAUAAAAAUGGAAAAGUAGAGCAAUCAUGA